AUGAAUAGCCACGGUGAACAAGACCCUAUUCAACAUGGUAGCUCCUUACCGGUUACCGCUGACCAACAGGCCAGUACGAUUAACGAUCCAAGGGCCAUGAAUACUUCCGAUUCAUCUUCUGCUAUAAACAAGCAAGCUUCCACUGCGCAGAACUCUGAUGCUUUAGCUCACCAUCUAGGUAACUUGAACAUCGAUUCUGACUCCUCCAAUUUGACUUCAACCCCUCCUACUGAACAUGUUGCCAAUGUCAGUAAUGACCCGAACAUGGCUGGUUCGUCCAACGAUGGAUCCCACGUAACUCCACCGCUUGGCCAUGUCCCACCCCAAUUUACUCCUACAGGAAUCAACAAUAUUCCCAACCCUGGACAUUCAUCUCAGAAUAUUCCAUAUCCGCCGUACAACUAUGUACCACCAGCUCCAUAUGUCCAGUAUCCAUACCAGCAACAACAGGCAUACAGUGCCUAUGGACCAUCCGCCUCUGUACUAAGUGUACAGAUCCCUGACCCCAACAUCCCGAACGCUCUCAAUCCAACGUCCCCCAACAGUUUGUCCUUCAUCACCAGCGCAACUGGUUUUGACCUUUGGAUUCAACAACUCAUCAACCAUCUACGUAACAAGGGCUAUGCUGAUCUCGUUCCAGAUAAAUUCGGAACAACGAAACGCUAUGCUACCGACGGUGAAGAAUUGGGGAUCACAUGGUUAUUCACUCAUUAUGUGAAGAAAGAGUACUACCCUAACUGGAUUCCUACAAUGAAAGGGUCUGAUUUAUCUGAAUAUGACAUCAUUCAAACUGCUAUGACUAAACAUAUUCAGAAACAUGAUCCCGGCCAAACCGCAUGGGAAAUCAGUCAACUCACUUUCGGUCCGUCUGAACCUGCCAUUACCUUUAUCGGUCGAGUGAGGCGCUUAGUUAGAUAUCUCCCUCCCGAUAUGACCCCACUUCUCGAUACACUUAUUAAGAACGGUAUUCUCGUUGCUUUAAAAGACCCUAUUCAACAGUACUUGCUUGCCUAUGUCUGGCUAGUCCAGAGACAAUCUUGA